ACAUACGCAGACGGCCACGACAAGCAAAGAGUCCACAAAUUUGGCAGGAGAAUGAAACCUUUGACGUUGGUGUUAUGGGCAGCUAGGUCCGCGACUGUGGUGGCCUUUGUCGUCCCAAAAACGGCCUCGUCCGUGUUCCUGACGCCACAUCGGGACGCGACGACGACCACUACACGAGACACUCCGGACCCAGGCACACGACUCGACGCGGAGAAAAUUCCCUGGACGUCCGAUUUCGACGACUUUCCGAGCGACAACAGCAGUGGCAAUAACAACCAGGACGACGACGACGCGCUGGAAACUUCGUUCCGCACUCUGUUUGCGUCCAAGCAAGACAAAGAUCGGACCGCCAUUCAAUCGCGACAGCUCUCGCUCGGAAAAGAUUUGGUACUCGAAAACUUUGUGGGAACCUUAGGCUUUGACGAAGUCACCGACUGGGAAUAUUACUAUCCCGAAGAAGACGGCGACGAUCGCCGUGUGGUACAGCCUAAUCCGUUCGAUAGCUCGCAGCCGAAACGCACGCGUACCAGCAGUGGCUCGGUGGUCCGAAUUUUUCGGGGAGAGUUGGUCGGACCCCUCGGGGCUCUCGUCUCCGCGCAGGGCAACGACAAACGCGUGUUGGUCAAGGAAUACACCGGAACCCUGGCUUUGGCCCUCGCACAGGCCGAACUCGAAUGUGUUGCGCAAUUGCAGUCCAAACUGGUUGACGAAAACUGGAGCAAGGAAGCGUCGGCACGAUCCGUCGCCUCUCGAUUAGACAAUGGACGAUUGGCCUCGCUCGUGCCGAAACUGAAACGCGGCAAGUUUCUGGGAAUAUUGGGGGAAGUCAAUUUGGCCGAGCUCGAGGAUGACUGGGAUCCCAACGAAUUCUACCGAGCCCUCGGGGUCCAACCACCAAAACCGGACGCCAUUUGGGUGGUUUCCGAAUACGCUGGUCUCGCGUCAUUACAAGCCUACACGUCGCAGACACCGCAACAGCGGUGGGCGAGUCUACCACCAGCCAAGGGCUUGUUCGGCAAUCUCAUUCCACCGGCCCCUUUGCCGUCUUGGGAAGCACGCGCCAAAUAUAUUGUAAACGGUAUUUUUCAACAAGCAGUGAUGGCCAUUGCGGAUUUGCACGAAGCUGGAUUCGUUCAUCGCAGUAUCGGACGGUCCAGUUUGCUGCUGGCCAGCACCACCAACAACCCACAGGACGCCAGCUCGGUUUACACUACCACGCCAUCGACGUUGACCGUGAAAUUGACCGACUUUGGCUUCGCCGGGCCUUACGAAACCGCCGCCAUGGAUGAGGAAUUUGUCUCCCGGGCUCGAACUUUUGGACUUCACUUUCGCAAAGGAGAGACGUCAAUUGCCACCACCAACUUUGCACUGGCAGAAGACUUUCACGCCUUGGGAUUUGUUGGGCUUGCCUUGAUGCUCUCGUGCUUGGCCGAAACGUCAACGUCAAACACCAGUGCGGCCACCACGCAAUCUGUCCCAGCCACGGACGAGGAUUCUCUUCAACGCUUGUUGGGGGAAAUAUUUGACAAGGAUGUGAAAGGACAAUUUCGCGAUUAUGUGGCUGCCGAAGACUGCUGGGCAAAGGUAGUGGAUCUUUUGGACGCUCAAGAUGGUGCCGGAUGGACUGUGUUGGAGACGCUGGUGUUGGCUCGUGAAAAGGCCGCCUCUCAAUCUACAAAAGAUUUCGACCAAAUCUUUAACAUUCGUGGCCUGCUGUCGAAUCCAUUCUUUCAGCAAUAGGCAUACUUUACCAGAGGGAACGUGAAGUGCUGUACACCGAACAAGGUCAGCACCAGUACAUCGGUAUAUUCGACAUAGUGAAACCGACAAAAAGCAGCACUGCCUUGCAACACUGCGGGCGACGUUACCAACGAAAUGGUUGCCAUUGUCCUUCUCACCUACGAACUACUAACUCAUGAAUUUUCAUGCAU